AUUGAAAGACAAAAACAAAGGUACUACUCAUAAGUGCGUGUUUGUCUAAUCACCAAAACAAAAUCUUUGCAGGCCUUAACCUCAAUAUUCUCUCGUCAAAUGCAAAGUGCUCCUCUUUAUUUUCGUCCUUAAUUUUAUUCCUUGAUAUUGACUCAAUAAUAUAUAUACACAUUCUUCUAAUCUCGAACUCUCUAAAACCCUUUACCACUACUUAUUAGUAUCAUCAACUCCUUUCUCAAACUUACACAACUUAGAAAAUUAUGAAGAGUGUUUCAAAAAACAAGUUCUUAACAUGUUUUCGUCCUGUCAUUGAUUUAGAUGACAUGCUUGAAUCUGAAACUGUCCCUGCUCCCUCUACUAGUCGUCGUAAACACGCAACACAAAAUUCAGCAACCAAUUCGAUGUCUCUGGACCAAAAUUCUCCGAAAUCGAUACAAAAUCAGGUUGCUGGUCAUCCUCCAAAACAAACACUUUCUAAGGUGAUUAAAGCUGUGAUGUUUCAAAUCAUAUUGAAUACAAGAGCUAACAAGAAGAAUCUUUAUAGCCAAACUUGUUUUGGAUCAAAGCGAAAUUAUUCUUUACAUACAAGAAGUUCAUCAUCUUUCAAGACUAAUAUUGAAGAAAUCAAGGCAAUUGAAUCUCCUUUAUCAAGUCCAUCAUCAUCAUACUCACCGGUGUUUAAUUCGAAGAGUUUAUCCAAGUCUAAUGAAAGCCAAUUUGAGAAUCAAAAAAAGUUCCAUUGCCUAGGAAUAUACAUGGUGUUUCUCAUAAGCUUAGUAGUUACAGUCUGUUGGGGUAAAGUUAAUGUCAUUGUUUUGACAUCAAUGUUUUUCUGUUGUUUUUGUCUUUGCAACACAUGUUCUCACCAGCUAAAAAGGGUUGGUAAAUCUCGCAAAGAUGUGAGUUCAACUCUCGCUGCUGGUGUGAGGUCACACCCUCGCAGCUUUGAGCCAUGAGGCUUGGCUAUGGUGAACCCUGGGACCCAACUCACCUAACCUUUUAUUCGCAGCGUAGCUGCAAUUGCGAUCACAACCAAAUCAUAAAGAUAGUUAAAAGGGGUGCUCCUAAGAAUAAAAAUUUCUUUAGCACAAGUGGAAGGGCACAAGUUUCGUGUGUUGUUAUCUAUUCUUCCCAAUUGGGAGGUAGCUGAUAUUGGAAGAAACCUGAAACAUCUGUUCAUGUCAAAUUUUCCUGCUCUUUUCUCUGUUUGGCACUGUUACUUAUAUCUAAAAAUGCAAGGUAGAGAAAGUUGUUAUGAAAUUCAAUCAGAACGUGGUUGGUUGUUGCACAAAUUUAAUUUGUCACAAAUCUUCACCUGAAAUACUAAUAGUAGAUAAUGAUAUUUUGAAAUCAA